UCCAGCCAAAACUCUCUCUCUCUCCUCUGACGCUACCUCAGCUACCACACGUCUCACUUUCCUCUCACCCGUUCUCCCUCAUUCAUUCCAGCUCCCACACAAAAUCCUAACUGGCGAACUCAACUUCCCGACUAAAUCCAAGAAAAAUAUCAGCAAAUACAAAUUGGUUCCACACGUACGUACUUGCACAGUUCCAUUCCCCACGCCUGUUGAACUGCACCCAUCCAUAACUAAAAUUCACACUUGACUUAUUCGGACCGAUUUUCUGGUUCGUCAAAUAUUCACAAAAAAGAGGAGGAAAGUUUUGACGAGCAGGGGAGAAUUGUAAACAGUUUGCUCUCCUGAGUACACAAGAUCAUCAUUUCAUCCACCACCCACGCACGGCAUCUUCCCGUGUGGCUCCUUACGGAGAAAGUGGUGCAGAGAGCGAGGUUGACCUACCCUUAGGACGCGCAGUCCGUUCAAUGAAAUAAACAUUUUCACUCCCAAACAAGACUCAGCUUCAUUACUAUUUGAGUCUCCUGGUGAGAAUGAUAUAACUUUGGGACGUGCGGAGCAACAAUUAAAUUAUGCUUGUCUGGUACGCUCCUCUCUGCAAACCGUCUGGCAAUUAACACCAGCACUCGUGUCAACCGGAGCAAGCAUAAAUUUGACAGUUGAGUGUCAACCUGUCAGAAAAUUAACGGCAUUGGGGAAAGUUGCGACUUGACUUUCACUCAAGGAACCAACUAACCAAGAAGAAGAGACCCGAGACGGACGACCGAGGAGGGGAAAAGGCAGUGAAAACCCGAAAUCUCAUCCUCGGAUACGUUUCAGAGUCAACGUCUCCUACUAGUUUCCCAGCGGAACGAGACAUUCGAUUAAGCCCUUCUGUAAAAAAAUCACUAUUUCUAAGAAGUCUUUUGUUCGUUGGACAAUGACGGUAGCCCUGCUCCACUCAUCUCAAGUAAAACUCACAAAUCCAUUACCGAACACUUUACACUACAAAAUCCACAAGAAACAAGUAGUCCAACAAAAUUCCCCCGUUCAAAAAGUAAUCCGUACAAAACAAACUCACAACCAAUCUCUGAAAGCUGAUCAAAACAUGGCAUCAAUUGGAAAGUCGAUAGGAGCGGCUUCCACCCACACAAAAUCACAAACGAUCGCGUCACAACUCGUACCAAGUACGGCUGCAGGAUCAUCAUCUCUUCUAGAUCAGAACCUACCUAAUCAGAAAAGUAUCACAUCCAACAACAUGAAUCAGAGAAUAUGGAGUCUGGAGAAGUCUGGGGCAUUCGCCCUCUUUUUCCUCCUUAUUUCCGUCUCAUCCCCCGUUUCCUGCUUCCCCCUCGGCGGUGAAGCUGAAUUGACCUCCAUUCCCCAAAGGCAAGUUCCCCCCAUUUCCUCAUCGUCAUCAUCAGCAUCAUCAUCAUUGGUAGACGUUGGGAGUGAUGGGACAUCUCUGAGGAAUGUAAAUUACAUGGCGAAACCACAAAGCCAAUUAUUUCACCCAUCACUCUUCAAAUCGCCACCCACUGCGGAGGAGUAUGGGGAUGAAUGGCCACAACAGAGAUUUGACAGACAGCAAGAAUUCGGAGUGGAGGCAAAUCUGGACCCCGCCAACUCCCCUCAGCAGCACCAACAUCUCCAGAAAUUGCAGCCAAAUUCGGCGAGGGGAGCGGAAUUGGGGUCGUCGGAGGCGGACUGGGAGACGGUCAUCGAUCCGCAUCUCUACCUCCUCACCGAGUGGAACUCCAACGCUUCCCCGCAACCUCUGCAGCAGCAACAGAGAAUGCGGCGAAAUUCUGGUGGUCCAUCGUUGUCCAUAGUAAACCCAUUGGAUGUACUGAGACAGCGUUUGUUGCUAGAAAUCGCGAGGAGAAAAAUGCGUCAAUCUCAAAAUCAAAUCAUGUUGAAUGCUGAUCUACUCCAGAAAAUUGGUCGACGCCGAAGACGAUAAAUCAUACGAAAAACACUUCAAUUUUUCUGGUAGUAUUUAUUCAUCCUCAUCAUUCUUAACUAUUCACCUUUCUUGUCUCGUAAAGGUUAAACUUGUUAAGUAAGUAAGUAUAUGUCACCCACUCGCUAGGAAAAUAUGUGUGUAUUUCAUAAGUGGGACGGAAAUGUAGGAAUCAAUUGGAACUGGAAUCACGCAAUUGGAAGACUUAGCAAUUAAAUUUGAGAAAAGUCGAUUACAUUCAGCAAAAUAACUUGCUUGUGACCAUGUAAUAAUUAAAUAGUUCAAGCAAGUUUACCAUGAGUAAGGGAAAGUCUGGUUAAUCUUAUUGUCCAAACAAACGAAACCCACUAUUGUAGCUCCACGUCGACCCACCUCCUACAGUCCAUUUCUCGAAUCACCACACAAACAGAUUGUGUAACUCGGUUAUGCAUUGAUUAAACUAAAUUAAAAGUAAACCACAACAAGACAGAAAUCAAUUAUCUGUAGGUUUAUACUUCUCAUGCAAAUUCUUUUGUUGAAAAAUAAUUACCCAAUUUGUAUUCAUUUCAACCUACACAAACGUUGAGUUUGACACUGAUUUUGAAUCUAUAUAUUCCGUUAAGCUCUGAAUUGCAAAAUAUUCAGAAACCUAACAAGCGAUCUUUUCAACUAACCACAUUCAAUUCCAGUGCCAGACAUUUGCGACUUGGUAAAUUUUCCAUCCAAGCCAACUUCCAUUCCAUUCAAUCUAACGCUAGUCCCAUCUCUCAUUUGCCUGUCUGCUAUACCGACCGAGUCCAACUUUGGAUCGGUUCGACUUGACAAUUAAUUCCCAUCAUCUCUGGUUCUGCUACUACAUAUUGCUCACGAACUAAAUAUCAAUGAACAAAAUCGAACAUCGAUUUCCUCGAAUAUUCACAUUUUAAAAUCCAACAAGCACUACGUAGACUUAUUUAAAUUACUUGACAUCGAGGCUCCCUUUGAACUUUUGCCUCGUGCUAGUUAAUGGAUCAGCUUGACGUCAGGAAACAUUUCGCAAGAUUGAAAUGACUCUGUUUCAUCUUGACAAAUAAUAAUCAUGUUCUGUCAGAGGUGGGUGGACGUAUGGUUUCUGUCUAGUGGAUUCCCCCUGUGUCGUGUAAAUAUGCCCUUUUCGAUUCUAUAUGUCAAAUUAUAAUUCCAUCUGCCAUUCCAUCCUGUAUCCGGUUUUUCAAUUCAUUCCGAUUUUUUGGGGUAAUAAAUAUUGUGUAGUUUUGAUCCAGAGAAUUGCAAAAUAUUUUCUGCCAGUCAACUUGUUUAAUUCUAAGUAAUAGUUGAUAUGAAUGUUGACCAUGAAUAGAAAUAAUAGUUGUUCAGAAAUUCACAAAAAAUGUUUGAUGCAACCAUUUAGAAUUGAUCGAUUGAAAUGAUGAACUAUACUUCGUGGUGAUUUGACGUGAUAUUAAAACUAAUUGUAAGUUAUGUGUAGUCUACUAGUGAAGUAUGUAACCAAACCCCUUGUUGAUGCUAUACCAAUAUAGACGAACUAAAUUAAAUACCUAACCGUAGUCACCUUUUGAAAAACCUUUUGAAAAAUACACUUGCGAGAGAAGCUGCACAAGUCCGCAAGCAAGCCCAACAUUUAUCUUACUUAUCCUGAACAAGUAAAUUAUCGUCAAGUCAAAAAACCAUGUUUUUUCUGAGAAGUAGAUUUCUCCUAUUGUAAAGUUAGUCUAUAAAAUAAGUCGGAGAAAGUAAGGAGGAGGUAGAACCAUGUGAUGGAGGGAGGUGGGUGGUAGCCCGUCAUCAUAAAUUUAAAUUCUUCGCACAGUUAAGCAUGUCAGUAGUUUUUCAACUCUUUAAUUUUAUUUCCUACCUUGAGAGUUGUACAUUUUUGUAUUUUAUUUUUAUUUUUGCACAAAUUGAUGUGACCCAGCAGCAUGAUGCUGUAGACAUAGGCUAUAAAAUGGAUAGAUACGUCACCAUAAAUGUAAAAUGUAAUCUUAGGAAUGCUAUUCUAGAAAUAAAAUACAGCUUUAUCAACUAAAUAAAUAAAUAAAUAUGUGGGAGGGACUGAGACGAUGAUAUAUGAAUUAAAGUCGAGUAGAUGAGUCGACUGAGAAUGUAAAAAUAAUUCGAGUGGAAAUAAAGUAUAUGUAAGUACAUCACGUUGUAGAGUGAAACCCAAUCCAGUGAAUGAAAGAUAGGGAAAGUUUAGGAGGGAGAAAGGUGUAAAGGUGUGCAGGCAGGAGGAGAGAAAUGUUAGCGGAUGUUUGUCGAAAACAAUAAAUCUCAAUAGAACCCAAACUG